AUGAAGGUCGAUCAACAGCUCAAUCUGACAGAGACGGGUGCUCAUGUCGACGCCGCUGAGGAAGGCUCGUUAGGGUUCGACGGCAAGGAGAUCCUUGACGGCGAGACUCACGCUCUUCCCGAUCUUGUUCGUGGCGAUGGCGACAAGGAGGCUGUCAACGACGGAGCUAGCGUCCAGGACGGUGUCAGGCAGGCCGAGGCGAUCACUGCUACUUGGUCGAAGACGUCGCUUACGACGGUCUACAUCUUCUUUUGGCUCACCUACGCCGUCAAUGCCUUCCAGUCCUCCAUUACAAGCAACUUGACGGCCUUUGUGACAUCCGGCUUCGAGGAGCAUUCCCUCAUCCCCGUCAUCUCAAUCGUGUCCAACGUCAUGAGUGCCGUCGCCUACAUGGUGCUUGCCAAGAUCCUCGACCUUUGGGACCGUAGCUACGGCUACCUCGUCAUGACCGCCUUCGCAACCAUUGGUUUGAUCUUGAGUGCCGCAUGUACCGACAUUUACACAUACUGUGCCGCGCAGUGCUUCUACUCAGUCGGCUUCAUCGGUAUCAUCUUCACCGUCGAUGUCUACACUGCGGACACGUCGAAACUUAAGGAUCGAGGGCUCGCUUACGCGUUCACCGCUUCGCCGUGGAUCAUCACCGCCUAUGCUGGCCCCGCCAUCUCCCAACGCUUCUACGAGGACAACUGGAGGUGGGCGUUUGGCUGCUUUGCCAUCAUCCUUCCCGUCGUUGGCCUGCCAUUCUUCGGGAUCAUGCAGUGGCACAAGCGGAAGGCGGAGAAGCUCGGCAAGCUGGCCAAGGUGAAGUCGGACAAGACUUGGGUGCAGUUGACGAUUCAUUACCUCAUCGAGUUUGACAUCCUUGGUGUCUUCCUCGUGUCCGCCGGCAUGGUCCUGUUCCUCGUUCCAUUCUCCAUCGCGGCAUCAGCGGCCAACGAAUGGAGGACUGCUCACAUCAUCGUCAUGCUUGUCCUCGGUAUCCUUUGCCUUGUGGCCUUCGUCAUUGUCGAGCGCUUCUUCUCGCCCAAGCCGUUCGUUCAGUACCAUCUCCUCACCUCGCGCACUGUUCUCGGUGCUUGCUUGCUCGACUUCACUUGGCAGAUCGCGUAUUACUGCUGGUACAGCUACUUCACUUCCUACCUUCAGGUCGUGUAUCACCUGUCCAUCAGUACAGCUGGUUACAUCAGUUCAAUCUACGACGUUGUCGCAGCCGUGUGGAUGUUCCCGGUUGGCUACUUGAUCCGUCGGACCGGGCAGUAUAAGUGGCUCCUCUACGUCGGCGUUCCUCUGUACACUCUCGGGGAGGGUCUUAUGAUCUACUUCCGCAAGCCCGGUCACUCCGUCGGCUGGAUCGUAUUCACCCAGAUCCUCAUCGCUAUCGGCGGUUCCUCCUUCACUAUUGUCCAGCAAGUCGCCGUUCUCGCCGCGGGCUCGCACAAGGACGCGGCUGCCAUGCUCGCCCUCCUCGGCCUGUUCGGUUACUUCGGUGGCGCAGUUGGCAACUCUAUCUCUGGCGCGAUCUGGACCAACACGCUUCCCGACGCCCUUCAAAAAUACCUCCCUGCUGAUGCUUUGGCGGAUUGGGAGACAAUCUACGACUCCCUGGACGUCCAGCUCAGCUAUCCCGUCGGCGACCCUGUUCGGGAGGCUAUCAGCCUGGCAUAUGCUGAGGCGCAAAGCAGGAUGUUGAUUGCGGGUACCGCCGUCAUGGGCCUCGCGUGUUUGUGCGUCCUGUUGAUCAAGAACAUCAAGGUGUCAGAGAUCGAGCAGGUCAAGGGAGUUUUGUUCUAG